AUGGCGGCCGGCGAGCCGACGCGCGCGGCGGUGGUGGUGGCGGCGCGGGCCGCGGCCAGGGAGGUGCCCCGGGCGGCGGCCGCGUGGGCGCUGGCGCACGUCGCGCGGCCCGGCGACGCCGUCCUCAUCCUCGUCCUCAUGCCGCCGCCGCAGCCGGCCGCCACGUCCGGUAGAAAGCCGUGGAGCUUCCCCUUCUUCGCGGGGGGCUGCGCCAGCGCCCACGCGGCGGCGCCGGCGCAGCGCUCCGACGUCUCCGACCUCUGCUCGCAGAUGACGCUCACCCUCCGCGACCUCUACGACCCCACCAAGGUGGACCUGAGGGUGAGGAUCGUCGCCGGCGCGGGCCCCGGCGCCGUGGCCGCCGAGGCGAAGCGGGCGCGGGCGAGCUGGGUCGUGCUCGACAGGGAUCUCAAGGUCGAGGAGACGCGCUGCAUGGAGGAGCUCCAGUGCAACAUCGUCGCCGUCAGGCGCUCCCGGCCCAAGGUGCUCCGGCUCAACCUCGCCUGCUCCACGGAGGAGCCACGCCCGGAGCCGGCAGCUCCCCCGCCCCAGCCCGAGCCCAGAGCCCAAGAUGGUGCGAACGAGGAGACGGCUUCGGUCCGGAGACCCGCCGUGACGCCGCCGAGCUUCAGCCCGGACUCACAGACGCCGUCUGGCAGCACCGACGACGCCGGAGCUUCCUCCUCCAUGUCGACCUCGGACCCCGGCGCUUCCCCAUUGUCUGCUUCACCUUCAGAAGAGGCCGGCAUCUGCAUCUCUCUGAGGAAAGAAGAAGCAGAGGAUGUGGGAGCGUCCUCCGCGCCAAGUUCUUCAGAAGAAGCGGGAAUUUUUCCACUGUGUGCUUCAGAAGAAGCAUGCAUCUCUCUGAUGAAGAAGAAGACAGAAGAAGAAUCCGAGGAUGCGGGAACAUCUCCUCUGUCAAACUCAACAAACCCAGGCGAUUCUCCAUUGCGUGCUUCAGAAACAGACGGUAGCUCUCUGAAGAAACAAGACACCAUCAAUGCCGAUGCAACCUCCGUGUCAAGCUCAACAGACCCUGCAACCUCUCCACUGUUCGCUUCAGAAACAGACAGCAGCUCGCCGGGGACGGAGGCGUUCGACGAUUCCACCGGAGCAUCCUCCGCCGCAAGCUCAGGCCUCGGCACCACCACUCCAGCUUGUGUUUCAGAAAGAGAUAUGAGCCCUCUCAAGCAUGCAGAAACUGUCCAUGUACUAUCUGACCCUGAGAGUGAAGCUUCAGCAUCAGCUACAGCUGCAACUCCUCAGGCACCAUCAUCAGCGGCAGCCUCGCCGUCGCUGCAGCCAUGGAUGGCCGACAUCCUGCAGCGACCCGGCGCGUCCCCCAGACCCACACCAACCCGCCGAAGAACCCCGACGGCCGACGCGCUGCUGGAGAAGAUCGCCAAGCUGGACCUGCUGACCGAGAUCAGCGCCGUCAGGAGCAGGUCCGACCUCAACUUCAGAGGCAACGUGCGAGACGUGGUGUCCCUCUCCCGGACCCCCGCGCCGGGGCCGCCGCCGCUGUGCUCGGUGUGCCAGCACAAGACGCCCGUGUUCGGGAAGCCGCCGCGGUGGUUCAGCUACGCCGAGCUGGAGCACGCCACGGGCGGCUUCUCCAGGGCCAACUUCCUGGCCGAGGGCGGGUUCGGGUCCGUGCACCGAGGGGUGCUGCCUGACGGCCAGGCCAUCGCCGUGAAGCAGCACAGGCUCGCCAGCAGCUCGCAGGGCGACGUCGAGUUCUGCUCCGAGGUGGAGGUGCUCAGCUGCGCGCAGCACCGCAACGUCGUCAUGCUCAUCGGGUUCUGCGUCGAGGGCAAGAGGAGGCUGCUGGUCUACGAGUACAUCUGCAACAGAUCACUCGACACUCAUCUCUAUGGCCGUCACAAGGAGACGUUGGGGUGGGCUGCCAGGCAGAAGAUCGCGGUUGGCGCCGCCAGGGGGCUGCGGUACCUCCAUGAGGAAUGCAGGGUCGGCUGCAUUAUCCACCGCGACAUGAGGCCGAACAACAUCCUCGUCACGCAUGAUUUCGAGCCACUGGUCGGCGAUUUCGGGCUGGCCAGAUGGCAACCUGACGGAGACAUGGGUGUUGACACAAGAGUCAUCGGCACAUUCGGUUACCUGGCACCUGAGUAUGCUCAGAGCGGGCAAAUUACCGAGAAGGCCGAUGUGUACUCAUUUGGGGUUGUUCUAGUGGAACUUGUCACUGGACGCAAGGCCGUCGAUAUCAACAGACCCAAGGGCCAGCAGUUCCUGACUGAAUGGGCCCGGCCAUUGCUGGAGGAGCACGCGAUCGACGAGCUCAUUGACCCGCGCCUCGAGGACCGCUUCUGCGAGAACGAGGUCUACUGCAUGCUGCACGCGGCGAACCUCUGCAUACGGCGCGACCCGCAUUCGAGGCCGCGCAUGUCACAUGUUCUCCGCAUCCUGGAGGGCGAUAUGGUGGUGGAGUCCGGCGGCUGCAUCUCCGCCCCGAGCAGCGACGCCGGGAGCAUGAGCCGCCGCAUGCUGAGCGACCGGCUGCACUACCAGGAGCAGGGCAGCCCGGUUCGGCCCGAUUCGCAGCAGCGUGUCGGCGGGGUGAACCGCUCCCUUGAGACCACCCUGAGGAGCGCCUGGGAUGCCGAUGUGCAGGGCCUGUCUAACAGGUUUUGGUACCCUUCAGCAGCUGCUGCAGACUGCAGCCAACACCAAAGAUGA